GGCCCCUGGAUAACAUGGCGACCUGCGGAGUGUCUGUUUCCCUGCGGAGCCUCCUGACGGGUUCUCGGGGCACAGAACGGGUGUGUUUCCGGGCCCGAGCUCGGCCCUUGCCCGGCGCCCUGCUCCAGCCGCUGCCCGCGCCCUGCGGGGCGGGAAUGCCAUGCCGUCGGCUCUGCUCCGCGGCCGAAUCUGGUAGCUCACAGAUCAAGAAACCUACAUUUAUGGAUGAGGAAGUCCAAACCAUACUCAUCAAGAUGACAGGCUUGAAUUUGCAGAAGGUUUUUAAGCCAGCUAUACAAGAACUGAAGCCACCAACCUAUAAGCUAAUGACCCAGGCACAGCUGGAAGAGGCUACAAGACAGGCAGUUGAGGCAGCUAAAGUACGAUUAAAAAUGCCACCAGUUCUGGAAGAGCGAGCGCCAAUAAAUGACGUGUUAGCUGAAGAUAAGAUUUUGGAAGGAACAGAAACAGCCAAAUACGUGUUUACUGAUAUAUCAUACAGCAUACCACACCGGGAACGUUUUAUUGUCGUCAGAGAACCAAGUGGCACACUACGCAAAGCCUCUUGGGAAGAACGGGACAGGAUGAUACAAGUUUAUUUCCCAAAGGAAGGUCGCAGAGUUUUAACACCAAUAAUUUUCAAGGAGGAAAAUCUUAAGACAAUGUACAGUCAGGACCGGCAUGUUGAUGUCCUUAAUCUCUGUGUUGCCCAGUUUGAGCCAGAUUCUGCUGAAUAUAUCAAAAUUCACCAUCAGACCUACGAAGAUAUAGAUAAACAUGGAAAGUAUGACCUUUUACGUUCAACAAGACAUUUUGGUGGAAUGGCUUGGUAUUUUGUAAAUAAAAAAAGGAUUGAUGGUUUACUGAUUGACCAGAUUCAGAGAGAUUUAGUCGAUGAUGCCUCCAGCUUGGUCCAGCUGUAUCACAUUCUGUAUCCAGACAGCCAGUCAGCUCAAGAGGCCAAGGAGCAGGCUGCUGAGGGAUUACAAUUAAUUAAGGUCUUUGCAAAAACAGAAGCACAGAAGGGAGCAUAUAUAGAAUUAACACUGCAAGCUUAUCAAGAAGCAUUCAUUAGCCAUUCUGCAGCUUCCUGAAAAUAUUUUUUAAAUAAAUUUCAUUUUAUUAAAUACUAA